CAUCCAUUUACUAUCGUUCUAUCCAUCACCUCUAAGCCGCCGCGAAAUUUCACGAUGAAGUCUACUAUCGUUUCCGCCGUUCUCGCCUCUCUGCUGCUCGUCCAGCAGAGUGUUGCGCACCCAGGACAAAGCGCUGCUGAGGCUCAGGCUGAGAUUCGCGAGAGAGCCGAGUACAUGAGCAAGGCCGCUCCUCACAAGAGGUCUUUGGCGCAUUGCGCAGCCAAGCUCAAAGCUAGAAACUUGGAUGCCGCUCGUCGGGCGGCCAAGGUCGAAGCCUUGCGCGAGAAGAGGGCCAUCACUCAAAACAAGCCAUUCCUGCGUGCUCGCGAUUUCGAAGACGUGCUCAACACCGACCAUCACUCCAACUUGACCGUCACCCCCGAAUCUGACCCUUCCGAGCUGUUCACUGGCAACGCCAGCUGCAUCCUCACCCCGGAAACCACCGAGGGUCCUUACUGGGUUCAAGGCGAGUUGAUCCGUCAAGACAUCGUCGAUGGUGAAGCUGGUGUUCCCAUGACCUUGGACGUCCAGGUCGUCGAUGUGAACACUUGCGAGCCAGUUCCCCAGGUCUUCACUGAGAUCUGGCACUGCAACUCCACCGGCGUCUAUGGCGGCGUCGUCGCAAACGGCAACGGUAACACGGAUGACGAGGCCAAUCUCGAUAACACCAUGCUUCGCGGUGUUCAGUUGACCGAUAAAGACGGCGUUGUUUCAUUCGAUACCUUGUUCCCCGGUCACUACACUGGACGCGCAACCCACAUCCACGUAAUGACCCACGUCGGCGCCCAACAACUCCCCAACAACACCGUCGCCGGAGGAAACAUCACGCACGUCGGCCAGAUCUUCUUCGACCAGGACCUCAUCACUCUCGCCGAGCAACAAGAACCCUACCUGACCAACACCCAAACACUCACCACCAAUGCCGAUGACUUCAUCAUGGCCGAAGAAGCUGAAAACGUCGAUCCCGUUGUUGAUUACGUGCUUUUGGGCGACGACAUUAGUCAAGGUAUCUUUGCGUGGAUCGCGUUCGGCAUGGACGCGACUGCGAACCAGAGUGUCACCCCUGCUGUGUACUACACGGAGAACGGCGGUGUGAAGAACCCUAACGGUGUCAGUGGCCCCCCUGGCGGUGCCGCACCUUCUGGUUUCAUGCCUUCUGGUGCUAUGCCUUCUGGUACUGCUAUCCCUUCUGCUGCCCUUGAAUCUUCGUAGAGAUAACAAGAGCGGUUUUAUGAGUGGAGAACCAGAUAUGAAGGAGUAGCGAUAUGUAUAUAUACAGUUUUGAGUCAUGGAGCAGAGUGAUUCCACGAGGUCUCCCUUCUGGAUCCAGCGUCGUGGAAAUUUCACAAUUGUACAAAGUUAGCAGUAGCAAGAAAAUCAACCACAGAAUUUGGCGUGCAAUAAUUUGCCCGCAUGCUACGAUCGCGAAUAUCGAUCUCGCCGAUCUAAAAAGAAUAGUACUCACUCCCUUGCCGCGAAGAAAAUCUGGACCCUUUCUGGCUUACGCGUUACUUCGAGAAGUCUUACCAAAAGGUAUACGUCACUUUUCACGUUAAGCUGUCACCGUGCCUGUAAUUAGAGAGAGAGCGGCUAGUAAGAGGCGCUAAAUCUAAGGCGGCCUAUGAACCACGUUUUAGCUCCACAUGCAAAGCCCCGAUGGGGCCGCUCAGACCUCUUUUUUACAACGUCAACGGAAAGCUAAGAACUCGU